AUGUUCGGUAGAUGGAUUGCCAACAGUGGAUUCAGAUGUUAUUCUGUAGCAAGAACUGCCAAAAUUGACCCCAGUUUGAAGGCAAGUGAAGUGAUCGUGAAGGUAGAUGCUCAUACUGUCAGGUAUUCACAUUACAACCGACAUCUUAGUGAUUUUGGUAUGUUUUCUAGUUGUUUUUGUUGUUGUUUUAGGUAAUUUUUAAUGAGAAGCAAUGAGGUAAAAGUUGACAGAAUACCUACUAGUUUGUCCCAAUAAAUAAACAUGGCGAUUAUCAGACAAGUACCACUUUGUAUAUAAAGUUAAAAUAGUUUAUUUUUAAUACGAAAAUAUAUACAAAACAAAUUAUAUUGUUUUAGGGACAGAAUUAGUGGGAACAGUGGAAAAAGUUGGCGAAGACUCUGAUUUUAAUGUUGGGGACCGAAUUUUUGCUGGAAUUUCGACGAAUGUCAACUUUACUAAACCCCUAAAACUGCAUACCUUCAAUCACAAGAUCAUGGAGGUUCCGGAAUCCAUCAAAACUGAAGAUGCGUUGGCGUCGGUUGGCAACUAUGCUCUAGGCUAUUUGGGACUGAAGAAGCUUGCCCUUGAGAAGCAGGGGUAAGUUUACUAGGCUUGAAUAAUAUGAAUCAGUAAUUCUAUUCUCUUGUUAGGUCAGAAUCGGUCACUCAGCUCUGCCAUCUUGGACUUGGCUCAGAACCUAUUCGAAUGUCAAGUCACAGGUGUAUCUGACAGCAAACUAAAUAUGGAACGGUUUCAAAGUCAAGGAUGCAAUGAAGUCCUGAAUUGGAAAGACGAAACUUUGAUACCUAAAGUUCUGGAAAGGACUUUUGGAGUGGGCGCUGACUUUGUGAUUGACACUGUUGGUGGUGACGCUUUGGAAAAGCUUCAGCAUUGGUAGGACUUUCAAGAAAAUUUUUCAUUAAAAUUCUGGAUAUAUAUUGUAUUUGUUGUAAUACAAAAUUAUCAAUUGUCUCAUAAGCAAUCCUUAGCUAACAUAAUUUUAGUAUCAAACCAAACGGCCUACUGUUGAUACUCGACCAGUCAUCUGGUCGCAUCCCUGUUAUCAAUACAAAAACCCUAAUUGAGCGGAAUCUUACCGUAUCGUCGAUAUCCUUCGAAAAACAGAAUCCAGCUGACGUGCGGAAGGCAUUCCAGAUGGCGAUGCAGAUUCUGGAGAGUGGAAUGCCUCGAGGAGUUGCUCCGAUCGUUGUGACCAAGGAUGACGAAGCCAGAAAUGCAUUGGAGGACAAUCGCUUCACCGGGCAGGUCGUUAUGAGGAUAAAACACUAG